CUGUACCACUACUUGUCGGACAAGUUUUUCAGGUUCGUCUUCUCCAUUCCCCUCACCUUCUCACUUUCCUUUAUUUUCGUUUCGUUUCGUUUGACAGUCUCAGUCUCCCACAUAAACCCUGUGGAACUCCACCACCCAUCUCUUCCUUCCAAUCGGAUUUGCUUCUCUGUGGAUCAACCUUUCGGCAUCCCAACGCCUACCAGUUUAACUUCAAACUUAAAGAAAAAAAGAUGUCUCAGGCGGCGAUAGAUGUUCCCAAGGGUGGAUUUAGUUUUGAUCUUUGUCGAAGAAACGACAUGCUUGCGAAGAAGGGGGUUCAGCAACCAUCUUAUAGGAAGACGGGAACCACCAUCGUCGGUUUGAUUUUUCAGGAUGGUGUCAUUCUUGGAGCUGAUACCAGGGCCACCGAAGGACCCAUUGUUUGCGAUAAGAAUUGUGAAAAGAUCCAUUAUAUGGCCCCCAAUAUUUAUUGCUGUGGAGCUGGAACUGCUGCUGAUACGGAGGCUGUUACAGACAUGGUCAGCUCACAGCUGCAACUGCAUCGGUACCAUACUGGUCGUGAAUCACGGGUUGUUACAGCCUUGACCUUGCUCAAGAAACACCUUUUUAGUUACCAAGGUCAUGUGUCGGCUGCUUUGGUGCUUGGGGGUGUUGAUGUCACUGGACCCCAUCUACAUACUAUAUAUCCCCAUGGAUCAACUGACACACUGCCAUUUGCUACAAUGGGCUCUGGUUCUCUUGCUGCAAUGGCCAUAUUUGAGUCUAAGUACAAAGAAGGCCUCACUAGGGAUGAAGGCAUAAAGCUCGUAACCGAAGCAAUCUGCUCUGGCAUUUUUAAUGACUUGGGAAGUGGAAGCAACGUUGAUGUUUGUGUAAUAACUAAGGGACACAAGGAAUACCUGAGGAACCACUUGUCGCCCACACCUCGUACUUAUGUCAGUGCGAAAGACUAUACAUUCUCCAAGAAAACUGAGGUUCUCUUAACGAAGAUCAUUCCAUUGACCGAGAAGGUGGAAGUGAUAGAAGCAGGCGAUGCAAUGGAAGAGUGAAAUCACUCCACUCUACUGGGAGGGAGCAUGGGAAUGUUCCAUGUAUUCAGUUUUCAGUGUAAAACCUCAGCGACUUGAUCCCAACUUGUUAUGGGUUUGCUUAUUCCAUGUGGAUUUGACAUUUUUAUGCAGAAUUUGCGCUAACUAUUUUGUUUGUUGGGAAUUCAUUAAGAAUUAUUAGAGCAUCUUAGACUUUUAAGCUGGUUGAUUAUAUUACAGAUAUUGUAUGUUC